AUGAAGUACAAAUCCUUCCAAGUGAUGGAAUCACUGCUACAAUCUCAACAAGAUAUUGUGAGACUUGUGAACUUGUAUCGGCCUCCUUAUACCAAGAAGGCUCGGUACACGGAGUGUGCCUUUUUAGAAGAAUUCGAAGACUACCUUAAAGACCUCACAGUCAAACCUGGCUUCCCCAUCAUUGCUGGAGAUUUCAACUUUCACAUGGAAAAGCCUGAAGAACACUACCCAAAGAAGCUUUACCAACUCCUGGAGGAGUAUGAUCUAUACCAACACGUUCCCCUUGAACCAACCCAUGACCAAGGUGGAACCCUAGAUCUUGUAGUGACUAACCGAUCCUUCAAGGAAAAACUGACUUCAUUCGAAAUCUGUCCCUCUAGAACCAAAUCUGACCACUUCCUUGUCCUCUUCGAUGCAGACAUCAAGACAAAGACCAAAGAAGACGCAAAAUUCAUGAACUACAGAAACUUUAAUUUAAUUGAUACAGAACAGUUUAAAGAAGAUAUUUUAAUUUCAAAACUGACAAACUUCCCUAAAGACAUGUCUCCGAAUGAUGCUGUUGUCCUUUACAACACCGUGCUCACUCAGUUAAUGGAUAAACACUGUCCUUACAUAAAAAAGAAGAUUACUAAGAAGCCAAUGCCUUGGUUAGACCUGGAACUUCGUAUUCUCAGGCGAAAGAGAAGAACUGCUGAACACAAAGACAAAGACAAAGACAAAGACAAAGACAAAGACAAAGACAAAGACAAAGACAAAGACAAAGACAAAGAUCCUGUUCUUGAUAAAGACUGCAUCUUUGAUAAUUUCUCUGAGAUAACAGCUGAUGAACUCAAAGACCUGGUAUCAAAGAUGUCCAACAAGUUCUGCUGCUUGGAUCCGAUCCCAGCAUUUCUUUUAAAAAACUGUGUCGAUGAACUAACACCUUUUUUACUUCAUGUAUUGAACUCAUCCUUGAAGACUGGGGUCUUUCCCUCAGAUAUGAAGAAAGCAGUCAUCAAACCGACUUUGAAGAAGGAAAAUGCUGAUGUUGAUAUUCUCAGUAACUAUCGACCAGUGUCUAACCUUUCUGCCUUCUCUAAGAUCCUAGAGAGAAUUGUACUAAACCAGCUUAAUGUCCAUCUAACGAACCAUAGCCUUUACUCAAAAGUCCAAUCUGGAUAUCGCCCUAAUCAUAGCUGUGAAACAUUACUUGUUAGAAUGUGUGAUGAUCUAAACAAAGAAAUUGAAGCUGGGAAUGUUGUUAUAGUUGUACUUCUCGACUUAAGUGCAGCAUUUGAUACCAUUGACCACACAGUCUUAUUGGAAAAGCUUAUGAAGGACUAUGGAAUUACUGGAAGUGCACUGCAAUGGAUAAAGUCCUACCUUGAGAAAAGACACUUCUGUGUUAAGAUUGAUGAUACUCUUUCAUCUUUCUUGGAGCUGCUGUUUGGAGUUCCCCAGGGAUCACUCUUGGGGCCUAUUCUUUUCAUCCUUUAUAUCAAAGCUCUCCAGAAAAUUGCGGCCAAAUAUGGUCUUGAUAUACAGCUCUAUGCAGAUGAUUCUCAACUGUACAUCUCAUUUAAACCAAACCGUGUGGUACAGUUCAUUGAUGUCCAAGACAGAACAAACAAAUGUCUUGCAGAGAUAAAAGCAUGGAUGGUGAACAACUACAUGAAACUGAACGAAACAAAGACAGAACUACUGGUGUUAGGAAAGAGCCAUGUUCUAAAAAAGUGUGAACUCAGUGUCAGACUGCAAUUUGGAAGCACUGAAAUUCUGCCUACGGAGUGUAAAGGAGACAGCUGGAAGAGUCUGGGUGUAAAAUUUGAUGAAACUCUAAAUAUGGAAAGACAGAUCAAUAAUGUCAAAAGGAAAUGCAGCUGGACAAUGAUGAAUCUAAGAACCAUUGGUCGUUACCUUGAUGAAGGCAUUAAAUUGAUGCUGGUGAAACAACUGGUCAUAUCUAAAUUAGACUACUGUAAUUCUCUUUACAUGAAUCUACCCAAGACCAGACUGAACAAACUUAGAUCAACCCUUAAUGGGGCAGUUCGUUUCAUCUAUAACAUAGAAGAGAGGACCACGGACUUGGUUCCCUUCUAUAAGAAGGCCCACAUACUCCCUAUAGACCAACGAAUCUUCUUUAAAGUUUGUCUUUUAACCCACAAAUCAGUUCACGGUACUGCACCUGAUUACCUCAAAGCACUACUGGAUGUGGAUGUAGUGGAUAAAGAACUCUCAAACACCAUGACCAUGACCAGGUCGAAGAGACCUGAUGACCAUCUCAUGCUCAAGGUACCAAAGAAUAAAAGAUCCAAAGUUGAUGACAGACGUUUCUCAAGCCAUGCACCGAUUGCAUGGAACUCUCUUCCCCUGAUGUUGAGAUGUAUCACUGAUACCAACUGUUUCAAGCGAAUGUUAAAGAAUCAUUUAUAUAAUCAGUUCUGA